AUGGGCCAGAGCACGAGCCCUAGCGCUAGCACCCCCCGGGAUGAUAUUUCACAAAAACCAGAGUCAGAUGCAAUUCCAUUUGACAAAUUCAUGCCAUGGCAUCUUUUUUGGCGAUAUGCAAUCCUUCGUAGUAUUAAGCCUGUCGACUACGAAUAUCUCGAAGACCCUGGCUUCGACACCGAUCUCUCAAAAUACAAUAACUACUGCUAUACUGCUAUCGGGGAGAGAUUACCUUGGGCAGAUGAAAAGAAAGAAAUAUUACAGAAUAUACGUUCUGAGUGGAAAAAGAUGUUUCAGUACUUCGAGCAGGCGGGGGGGCACAGACUGGAAAUUCCUGAAAACACCCCCAGACUAUUGAAAAUGGCAUACAAAUAUGGCUGUUUAGAACGUAGAGCAUGGAAUGAAUGUCACAAUCUUAAGUGGCAGUCAGCUCCCACGAUUUAG